AUGGCUGCUGCUGCUACUGCUGCUGCUACUACUCCUGUGGUUUCUGACAGUGACACAUCAAAAUUUAUAUUAGAUGAAGUAUUUAUAAGACCGCCACCAUUAAUUCCCAAAGAUUCUCUUGAUGCUGUAUUACCAUCAAUCGAUGAUGAACAUGAUCAACAUACGUAUCCAAUUACUAAAGCACAAACAUCAUCGAUGAUGGAUUUUCUAGCGAAUGAGGAGGAAAUUUUAAAACAAAAUAUGCAACAAUCUUCUUCGAUACAUGAAAAUAUGAUUAAAAGUAUAGUUAAAGAUAAUGACAUGAAUAAAUCAACGUUAUUUCGAUCGUUAAUUGAACACAAUGAAUUGGAGAAUGUUCAUGUCGAUGAAAAAAAACGUCGAUCUUUACUAUUAAGUGAACAUUUUGAAAAAAAUGAAUCAUCAUCAUCAUCGUCCAAUGUACUAAAUUCGUUACAGUCGGUAUUUGAUGUUUUAAAAGAUUUGAGAACGACUGGAACAGUUGAAAAUAAAAUACAACAAAAACAAUUUAAUCCUAUUGAGAACAAAUUACCAACUAUACCUUUAACAAAUGAUCAUAUUAAUUCAUUUAGGGAUUGUUUGGAAAAUUAUUAUCGUACACUAUGGAGUGUUUGUGCACAUACUGAAGAAUUAAGACGUGAAUUAAGAACGGUUAAAAGUGAACGUGAUCAAUUGACAGAAGAUUUGGUCAAUGUUGAAAAUGCCUAUGCUGAUUUAAGAAAACGAAAUGAAAAAUUAAAAUUAAAUAUUACAGAACACAAAAAGAAUGUUGAAACAUUGAAACAAUUUUCAGAAGACUCUAUACGUUACAAUGAAGAACAAAAACAAAAAUAUCAAGUACUUAAACAGCAUGCUCAAGAAAAAUUAGAUAAAGCUAAUGAAGAAAUUGAAAAAUUACGUAAAAUACAUACUACCGAGAGUGAAAGUGUACAAGCACAGUUAAGGUAUGCACAAUUACGUGUACAAAGUUUAGAACAAGAAUUACAAUCAACAAAACAAGAAUUACAACAAAAGAAAAAAGAGAAUACAGAAUUAACAAAUAUUUGUGAUGAAUUAUUAGCUACGAGUCGACGUUAA